CAGGAGCAACAACGUCGGCAGCAACAGCAACAGGAGCAGCAACGGCGGCAGCAGCAGCAGCAGCAACAGCAACAGCAGCAGGUAGAGCAGCGACAGGAGCAGUUCCAGCAGUUCCAAGAGGCGUCGCAGCCGACGAGGGCCGCAGGUGCGGGUGGCAUGCCCAUGGCGGUGGUCGACACGGUGGUGACCUGUCAGAGUCGCAACAUGCGCGUGGAGUUCAGCUUGUCCGCGCCAUUCCACGGCAUCAUCUACCCGUACAACCACUUCCACAACUGCUUGCUGCACGAGGGCAACGGCGAGUCGAGGGUGACUCUUCUAUUGGGGCACGGCACGUGCGCCAAUGAGAACGGCCUCGGCCAGGAUGGCUCGCUCUCGCCCGUGAUCGAGCACCGGCUGAUGAUCCAGUGGGACCGCGAGAUCGUGGAGGAGUGGGACUCGUCCAUCAUCGUUCGUUGCGACCGGCCCGACGACUACAACAAGACGAUCCGUUUCGAUCUGUCCACUCUGGACAAGGCAGCCUCGUUCAUCAGCUCCACCCAUCCAGGCCCCCAGAUGUGGAUGGAGAUCCAGAAGGGCGAGGGCCCAAACGCGCCCGAGCUGCAAGGCUCUGUGUUCCUCGGUCAAGUGCUGACACUCGUCUUCACGCUGGCCGACGAGUACUUUGAGUUCGAUACCAAUGUGCUUACCUGCUGGGCACUCGACGGGGAGGAGAGGCGGCAGAUCGAGUGGCUGAACCCAGCGGCUGGCAGCGGAGGCGGCGGCGGCGGCGGCUCGCAGCUGGCCCAGCGUCGCUACACCGGCGAAAUGGAAGUCAUCCACCAGGGCUGCUCGGCCAAGCCGAAAAUCUUCGGCCACUUCUACAAGACGGGCGGGAACUUCAACGACCAGCGCUCGGUGACGCAGUACGCCUUCUUCAAGGCGUUCCGCUUCCCCACCAGCGCGCGCGUUGUGAUACAGUGCAAUGUGCAGGUCUGCUUCAGAAAGUGCCAGGAGCUGCGGCCCUGCAGCGAGAGCUUCAACCCGCGCUCGGCGCUGGGCGCGGACGAGCCGGGUCGGCAGCGGCGCGAGGCGGGCGAGCCAGCGGACGAGCGCGUCAACCUGGUGCGCUCGAUCGAGGUGCGCCUGCCGGAGGAGGCGGCCGACCUGCCCGGCGGCGCGGUGCCGCACGGCGCCACGUCCCGCGUGCGCUACGUUCCGGCCGACGGCAUGCGCUGCCCCCAGUGCGCCUCGCUCACCACCUUCUUCAUCGUGCUCGUGGCGCUGGCCGCCCUGCUGGCCCUGCUGAUCGGCGCCGUGCUCUGGGUCUACGUCCGGCGGCAGCAUGGCACGGGCAGUCUGAGCACGCCCACCAAGUGAGGUCCCGCGUUCGGCCGCGGCGGCCGUCCGGGAGGCGAGGCUCUGUCGGCUGCGGCGUUCCAGACCGCUUCAGCAUGCCCGGUGUCUUCCUCGCGGUGGGGUCCCGAAGGAGCCGCAACUUGACCAGCAGAUUAGCCAGCAGACUACCUUCUCUCAACCGGCACGACGGCUCCGGCGGCGGCGGCGGCGGCGGCGGCGGCGGCGGCAGCGGCAGCGGCAGCGGUGGUCUUCAGGAUUGCCGAGCGGUACGAGGUCAGCGUGACAGUCAAGCCGGCAGCGGCAGCGUAACCGGCAAGCAGCCUGGCGCAAACAAAGUUUACCUCCGUCUCAGCCAGACUGAUUAGUGUGAUGCGCCGUGCUCAACUGUCUGUCUGCGGCGCCUUGAAGAGUUCCGCUGGAGGGAUGCUGGGGAUGAAUGUCUGGUGUUAAAACGUAGUAUCUUGCGCAGUUCCUUACCGCCAUCUCAUGGCUGUGAUGCGUGGCAACCUACGGUGAAGGAUGCAAUUUUCGACCUUUGAAAGCAAGUUAAGGACUGGUGAGACGCGUUGGAUUGUUUUGUUUUUGUAAAUACAGGAAGAG